CCUGACACCACUGCAAAUUUAUAACAUUACUGUACAAAAAUUAAAAAUAAAAUACAAAAUUCGAUCGCUUUUGGCUGGCAGGUACCUUACCAGUGGCCGGAGCGGACGAAACUCCCUGUAGCUACGGAAAGUUCAAUUCUCCCAUCAAUUUAAACCAAACCGUAUUAUCUCAAAUUUGCUGAAUUUAAAGUUUGUGGUGAAGGUAGUGAAGAAGUUGAGCGAAAUUGGGGGUGUUUUUUGGGAAAUGUGAGUUUGGUGGAAUCAUGCUGAAAGGAACAAGGAAGGUGGGAAAGUAUGAAGUUGGACGUACAAUUGGCGAAGGAACUUUCGCCAAGGUUAAGUUUGCGCAGAACAGAGAGACAGGGGAUAGUGUAGCCAUGAAAGUUUUGUUUAAAAGUGCUAUUUUGAAGCAUAGAAUGGUUGAUCAGUUUCAGAUUAAGAGAGAGAUAUCCAUUAUGAAGAUUGUCAGGCACCCAAACAUAGUCAGGUUGCAUGAGGUUUUGGCAAGCCGGACAAAGAUAUAUAUUAUACUUGAGUUUGUGACAGGUGGAGAGCUUUUCGAUAAAAUUGUUCACCAAGGAAGACUUUCUGAAAAUGAUUGUAGGCAGUACUUUCAACAGCUUAUAGAUGCAGUUGCACAUUGUCACAGUAAGGGUGUGUACCACAGAGACCUAAAGCCUGAAAACCUUCUUCUUGAUUCCUAUGGAAAUUUAAAGGUUUCUGACUUUGGAUUGAGUGCAUUGCCUCAACAAGGGGUUGAACUUCUUCACACAACUUGUGGAACCCCAAAUUAUGUUGCCCCUGAGGUCCUUGGCCUCAAAGGUUAUGAUGGUGCUGCUGCUGAUGUGUGGUCUUGUGGGGUAAUCCUGUUUGUUCUGAUGGCUGGAUAUCUUCCAUUUGAAGAGACAGACCUUCCAACCUUAUACCAUAAGAUAAAUGCUGCAGAAUAUUCUUGCCCAUUUUGGUUUUCAUCUGGGGCAAAGUCAUUGAUCCAUAAGAUACUUGAUCCAAAUCCCAAAACUCGAAUUCAGAUUGAAGGGAUUAGACAAGAUCCAUGGUUUCAGAAAAACUAUUUGCCUGUCAAACACAGAGAAGAAGAAGAAGAAGUGAAUUUGGAUGAUGUUCGUGCAGUUUUUGAUGACAUUGAGGAAGGUUAUGUGGCUGAGCGGUCAGAAAUUAAAGAGGGUGGUCCUCUUGUAAUGAAUGCAUUUGAGAUGAUUACACUAUCCCAGGGGUUGAAUCUAGCAGCAUUGUUUGACCGGCAACAGGAUUAUGUUAAAAGGCAAACUCGUUUUGUGUCCCGCCAACCAGCAAACGUUAUAAUUUCAAACAUUGAAGCUGUUGCAGAAUCCUUGAGUCUCAAGGUUCAUUCUCGCAAUUACAAGAUAAGACUGGAAGGAGUAUCUGCUCGUAACGUUGGACAAUUUGCAGUCGUCCUGGAGGUCUUUGAAGUUGCACCAGCCCUUUUCAUGGUUGAUGUUCGGAAGGCCGCUGGAGAAACUCUGGAAUAUCACAAGUUCUACAAGAAUUUAUGUUCUAAACUAGAUAAUAUCAUCUGGAAACCGGAGGGUUCUAGUCUGCUUAGAACAAAGACUUGCUGAUCCUUUGGCGUGGGUGUGAUGCAAAUCUGUCAGCAGACAAGCCCAAGGAAUUUCUCUUUCUCAAAAUGGUCUUUGCUGUAAUAUUUAUGUGUGCGCUUGAUGUGUGAAUCUACUUUAAAGUUAAUGUUCUUCUUUAUGGGAUAAAACCAUGUUUUCUCUUUGUAGUGUGUAAAUUGCCAAAGUCCUCUGGGGAGACCUGUCUAUUUUGUAAUUAGGGGCUUUUCAUUGCGAAAAUCACAUUUUAUCAUUUACAAACUGUGAUUAUAAGAUUGGGAAAAAAACCGAGUAAAGACUGAA